AUGCGUCAGUCGUGCCGCGCUGUCGCCGCCUUGGCCGCAACAGCCAAGGCCGCAACCCUUGCGGAUUUGUGCACUGUGGCUAAUGUGCAAUCGGCGCUUCCGGCCAACGGCACCCUGGUCGGCAUCGAUUUGCUCCCGUCUACGGUGACUGCCAGUCCCGUCUACAAUGCCACUGGCGGCAUGAGCAGCACCGCAACAUACACGUACUGCAACGUCACCGUGGCCUACACCCACACCGGGAAGGGUGAUAUUGUCAACCUCAAGUACGCCUUGCCCAGCCCGUCCUCUUUCAGCAACCGGUUCUACGUAGCCGGUGGCGGUGGCUUCUCCCUGUCAAGCGACGCAACCGGCGGCCUCGCCUACGACGCCGCCUCCGGUGCCACCGACGCGGGCUACGACGCCUUCAGCACUAGCUACGAUGAGGUCGUCCUCUAUGGCAACGGGUCCAUCAACUGGGACGCCACCCACAUGUUCGGCUACCAGGCUUUGGGCGAGAUGACACAGGUCGGCAAGCCCCUGACGCGGGGAUUCUACGCCCUGGCAGACGACACCAAGUUGUACACGUACUUCGAGGGCUGCUCCGACGGCGGCCGCGAGGGCAUGUCGCAGGUGCAGCGCUACGGCGAGGAGUUCGACGGCGCUAUUACCGGCGCGCCUGCUUUCCGGUUCGCCCACCAGCAGGUCCUCCAUGUUUAUUCUUCCGCCGUCGAGCAGACUUUGGACUACUACCCCCCGCCCUGCGAGUUGGAGAAGAUCGUCAACGCUACCAUCGCCGCCUGUGACCCGCUCGACGGCCGCACCGACGGCGUGAUCUCGCGUACCGAUCUGUGCAUGCUGAACUUCAACCUGACGUCUAUCAUCGGCGAGUCGUACUACUGUGCCGCCGAGACCAGCAGCUCGCUCGGCUUCGGCUUUAACAGGAAGCGUCAGGCCCAGGGUAGCACUACGAGCACCACGCCCGAGCAGAACGGCACCGUGACGGCCGAGGGUGUUGCCGUUGCCCAAGGCAUUUAUGAUGGUAUCUUCAACUCGGAGGGCGAGCGUGCGUACCUGUCAUGGCAGAUUGGAUCCGAGCUUGGCGAUGCUGCUACCACUUACAACAACGAGACGGACACGUGGGAGCUCAACAUCCCGUCUACUGGCGGUGAAUAUGUUACCAAGUUCAUCCAACUCCUCGACCUUGACAACCUUUCGGACCUGAACAACGUAACCUACGACACCCUAGUCGACUGGAUCAACACCGGCUUCGUCCGCUACUACGAGAGCCUGCAAACCACCCUCCCCGAUCUGACCCCCUUCCAAUCCACGGGCGGCAAGCUGCUCCACUACCAUGGCGAGUCCGAUUCCAGCAUCCCGGCCGCCUCCUCGGUUCACUACUGGCAAUCGGUACGCUCGAUCAUGUACCCCGACCUGUCGGACGAGGAGGCCCUUGCCGCUCUGCAGGAGUGGUACCAAUUUUACCUGAUCCCCGGCGCGGGACACUGCGGCGCCAACAGCCUGCAGCCUGGCCCGUACCCCCAGAACAACAUGGAUAUCAUUAUUGACUGGGUUGAGAAUGGUGUGCAGCCCACGGCGCUCAACGCUACUGUUUCGUCCGGCGUCAAGGCGGGGGAGACGCAGAUGCUGUGCCAGUGGCCUACUCGUCCCCUUUGGGCCAGCGAGAACGCUACGUCGUUUGAUUGUGUCGAGGAUGAGGCGUCCAUUGAUUCCUGGACGUAUACUUUCCCCGCUUUCAAGCUUCCUGUCUACUAA